AUGGAGUUUAGCGAGAGGAAAAGAAGAAGGAAAUCUCAGAGCUUCAAACUGGUCCAUGAGCAAGAGCAAGAUUUUGACGCAAGGAGUUUUGACAAUGCCGUCAAUAUACAUGUCAAUGGAGCAUCAAAAGAGACUGCCAUGCCAGAAGCCUGGUUGGGUGAUGAGGGUGUGGAGAUUAAGAGACAGAUCACAGGCAUGAUGCGUUUGCUGAGUGACAAGGCCGGCCGGAUGUACCAGCGUGUGGGAGCAGAGGGAAACAGCCUCAAACAGGAGCCCCAGGAGGAGCACCUGAGCUGGGCGCAGCCGGCUGCUUUACUCCCAGACCUGGAGGACCCCCAGAUCAGUGUCUGGAGCUCAGCAGGGGAAACAGAGCCCAGUCCCAUGUCUAUACCCAAUCCAGUCCCCAACGGCCAGGGGUCUGGCCAAUACGGCACACGCUCCAAGACCCAGAGGAUGCUCAACACAACCACCAAAGGCACAGUCAAAACUAAUGAUGUGGCUCCUGCAGUGGUAGAGGCUCCCUGCUGUAUGUGUAACUGUAAGAGCACCUUACAGGCCAUUCUACAGGAGCUACGCACCAUGAGGAGGCUAAUGCAGACACAGAAAGGUUCCCAGGAGAAGCAGGAGCACAGGGCCCCUCCCUCCCCUUGCCCUGUCCCUACAGCUCCGCGUCGCAGACCCCGCAAGAGACGUCCUGUCCACAAGGUUGCUCCACUGAGCGCACCCAGCAAGAGGGCAGCUGUUCCCCCUCCCCCCCCCCCGUCCCCUGCCUGUGUACCCCUGGAGUCUGGGGGAAGGAGGGAGAGUGGGAGCAGAGAGCUGGAGAGACCUGUGCACACCCCUGCCUCACCCUCUACCUCCACCUCACCCGAGCUCUCCAUUCAAACCCUGUCCAUGCAGAACAAGCUCAUCCCUGGUGACGACACACACAAUCCUAACUAUAGACAACCCAAAGGUCUUCAAUCCUCAGAGAGUGAGGUGCGUCUAGCGGAGGACUAUGAGGUGUUUAUUCCCAAGGCCCAGCUGGACUCAAUCCUGGUCAACUACACACGCUCUGGAAGCCUGCUCUUCAGGAAGUUGGUGUGCGCCUUCUUUGACGACACCACGCUAGCUAACUCACUGCCCAACGGCAAGAGGAAGAGAGGUCUGAACGACCAAAGGAAAGGACUGGACCAGAACAUUGUGGGAGCCAUUAAAGUGUUUACAGAGAAGUACUGCACAGCUCACAGAAUAGAGAAGCUGCCAGGCCCUCGAGAUUGGGUCCAGAUACUACAGGACCAGAUCAAACUUGCCCGCAGACGACUAAAGAGAGCAGAGGCUACAGACCCUCAGGACAUCUUCAACAGACCGUGCACAGAAUCUCCUCAGCUGUCUGGAGAGAGGGAGGAGAGGGAGUUUCUAACAACAGGCUGUGACUACAACAAGCCAGCAUGUUUGGUUAAGGUGGGGAAGAAUGUGACUGAUUGAUUCCGGUGCUGUGAAUCAACAACUUGCAAUGAAGAUACAACGCACUGUACUUUAUGUCUUUGUUGCUCCACUAACUUGAUGCGUUGUGCCACUUUAGAAAGUCCAUUUUGGAAGAUGUAUUGUUCUUUUACAGCUAUGUCAAAAUUGUAUUGUGGUUGUAGAGAAAAAAACGGAACAGUGACCAAAAUAAGUUGGUUAGUGAAAUGUAGUUAGUUUCCAUGGACUGCUUUGUUUUACAUAUGCACACCACAUGCACACACACACAGACACACACAGAAAUACACACACACACACCAGUCUGACCAGUAUAGUCUAGCUGGUUCUGCUGGCUGACCAGCAAAGUCUAGCUAGUUAUGCUGGAAGACCAGCAUGGUCUAGCUGGUCUGACCAGCAUGGGCUAGCUGGUUAAGCUGGCAGACCAGCCUUCGUUGUGUUUUCACUGGUGAC